CGUGCCGCCUCUGCAACCGAAAUUUUAUCACCGUUCGCCGUGACAAUCCUACCAUGGAUUCAAAAGUUCAAUCGUCUUCGGUCGCACCGAACGAAGCGUUUUUGCUGCGAAGCUCGCCAUUUCUCAUAACUGGGCCGUCACCUUCGGACGCGAGAUCUUUCCAUCGUGUCGCCGCUCGUACGACGACGAUUUGAAAAAAUUCACGAUAUCCGCUGCAAGCUCACCGAAAAAAAAACCAUGGUCGCUCCUCGUAACCGGAGAAGAUCUAUCUCCGCACCGGAAAUCUGUCCACGUCUUAUAAUACUCCCAGAAGAGAAAAAAAUAAAUAACGUGACGACGGCGGAUGGUUUCUUGUUACAAUGGCUCGCACGCAUCGAUAAUAUUCACUAUAUUCAAUACCAAGCCGAUUCAGGGCCGCACCCGCGGCACAGACGUUGCGAGAGUACGAAGCAAGUCUCCCGAUUUGCUGCCGAUUCACAUAAGAUUUCAAAAAUUCAUAUCCAUGCCUGCGGGGAAAUCUUUGUUGAGCUUACUGCGUGACGAUUUCCUUUUUUGAAAGAACGUUCUCUUCCCUCCGCUAUGAUGGGAAUCGAUUGAUCCGCGAAGCCUUGCAGUCGAGAUGCGUAUCGUAUGAUAUGGGAAAAGUACAGCAGUUCCCUAAAGACCGCGCAGGGUUCUUCGAUCUUUUAGCUACACCGUUGGGUAUCCAGUGUUAUAAUUUGUGUAUGUACAUGAGCUGUGUACAUUGAUAUAGUUCUAUAUACCCUGUUCAACCACCGGUGCGGCUUCAGUCCACGUCUAGGAAUCAUGACAACGGUCGAGUCCGCACCGUCCCUUAAAAUCGCCGUGAUCGGUGGUGGUCUGGUGGGGGCUCUUGCGGCCUGCUUCUUCGCGAAAAGAAACCACAGUGUUCACCUCUACGAGUACCGCGAGGAUAUUCGGGUGGUGGAAGAAGUUCGUGGCCGAAGUAUUAAUCUGGCUCUUUCCGCACGAGGUAGAGCAGCAUUGCGGGAAAUAGGACUAGAAGAUGUCCUGGUCAAGGAGCAUGGGAUCCCAAUGCGAGCCAGAAUGAUACACGGAAAGGAUGGAAAAUUGACGGAAAUACCCUACGAUCCUGUGAAUAAAAAUUGCAUAUAUUCGGUUAACAGAAGAUAUCUUAACGAGACGCUACUGAAUGCCGCGGAGAAAUAUCCGAACGUAAAGUUUUUCUUCAAUAAAAAGCUCGUCAGCGCUGAUUUGGAUAAUGGAGAGCUGACGUUAUUGGAUCGGAAAACGAUGGGGGAGGAGCAGGCUUCAGCUGAUUUGAUUGUCGGGGCCGACGGAGCUUUUUCGGCGGUACGAAGGAUCAUGAUGAAAAAACCGCUCUACAAUUUCAGCCAGACUUACAUCGAACACGGUUACAUGGAGCUUUGCAUUCCCCCAAAAGGAGAGGGAAAGUUUGCGAUGGCGAAAAAUAAUCUCCACAUUUGGCCCAGAGGAGAGUUUAUGAUGAUCGCAUUACCGAAUCAGGAUGGAUCAUACACAGUAACUUUAUUCGCUCCAUUCAAGACAUUCGAGGGUCUUCGGACACGCGAAAAAUUACUAUUAUUCUUCAGAGAACAAUUUCCAGAUGCCGUUCCCUUACUCGGCGAAGACAGACUGAUGAAAGAUUUUUUUGACAAUUCACCCCUACCUCUGGUUUCCGUCAAGUGCCGUCCGUUUCACGUGAAAAAUUCAGCGGUCAUCAUGGGAGAUGCCGCUCACGCGAUGGUUCCAUUCUACGGUCAAGGAAUGAACACUGGAUUCGAGGACUGCCUUCUUCUGGACAGACUCCUGGAAAAAUACAACUCCGACUUGACCAUGACUCUCCCUGCUUUCACAGAGCUCAGAUGUACGGAUGCCCACGUGAUCUGCGAUUUGGCGAUGUACAAUUACGUUGAGAUGCGAGAUUUGGUGAACAGAAAAUCAUUCAUAUUCCGAAAACAUUUGGACACCAUAUUGUAUUGGUUGUUUCCGAAUACUUGGGUGCCGUUGUACAAUUCGGUCCAUUUUUCUAGAAUGCCCUUUCAAAAGUGCACCGCCAAUCGGGCCUGGCAAGAGAAGGUCAUUCGAAGAGGUAUCUACCUUUUGAGCGCUGUACUCUUUGCCAUACUAUUUGGAAUCAUAAACAGAAAACGGUUUUAAUUCAACUCCCAUACUACAAGCAUGGAAAAAUACAGGAAGAGGUAGGGAUGAGGGAGAGUGAAUUAAACCUCCGGCACUAAUAAAUCCCUCCGAAUCCAUCGAUGAAGUCUGAAAUUCUGCACUAUAUGUACAACAAUUGAUCUAAUUUAUCAAUCACACAUUCCUAUAAUUUAAUUCAAUUCAUUCCUAAUUUUCUUUUUUUUUUUUUGUUGCUAUUGCUUUUUGGUGUUUGAUUGUAUACGCGUAUUAUUUUAUAGGUGAAAUAAAAAUAUCAUGAUUGUAUUCAUGCAGAAUAAAUGUUCAGUGUUA